AGAUAAAAUUUUUUUUUAUUUAAUUUUUCAGCCUCGGGAGGGGGAGGUUCGAUGUUGGUCCCUCCCGUGGCCCAAAGUGGGACUGGGGAUCGUCCCGUGGGCGACACGGGUGCUCGGGCUCAACAAACAUCAGGUCCUGCAGCAGCAGCAACCCUAUGGCCCUUAGCAUCCGCACAGUCCAAUCAAGUUCCAAACCAACAGUCUCAGGGUAUUCCACCCUUGGCUGCUACUCCCGCGCCAGCUCACAAUCAAGGUGUGAGUCGUUACGGGCUGUAUUCGUUAUUCCCUGGGGGUGGCGGGGGCACUUAUCAUGCGACAACACACAAGGCAGAACGAACAGUUUCAGAAAGCGUGUUUUCCGCGGCUGUUGGGGUCGGGGUAGGUGGCUACACUUGGGGUGCUCCGACGCCACCUCCUGGAUCACCGUACAGUCCUGUCCCUGUAACGCAGCUCGAGCUGCUGGCCAAGAAUUUGGCUAGUUUGGCUCCUCCGGGUCAACAGGCGCUCAGUCUUCAAGGUGUUGGUGUGAACGUAGGAAGUUUGCAUCAUGCCCAACACACCCAACACACGCAGCACACCCAGCACACUCUUAAUCUGACCGGUCUUCAUCAUCUUCAUCAUGGAGGCUUGCAUCAGAAUACCUUCUCUCCUCAACUGUCCUUGGUAACCGGGAAUGCGCCCACGCUAACGAUCAACAGCUUCUCAUCACCGAAUUCGACAGGCAACGUGGUACCGACGACAGGAGUAUUGCUUCAGGAAUAUCAGUCGCCGACAGGUUCGACUACCGGAUGUUCGGUCACUGUGAAUGGCACCUCGUGCCCUACGAGCUCGACUACGAGCACAAUGGUAGUACAAGGAGGCCAAACUGGCAACCAGAUCGUCCAGGCCACCAGCAAGAAACGGGAGGCCUUCCUACCGAGUCAAGGUCAGCCAGUGAAACUGGAGAACAAAUCAACCAGACAGCCCUGUAUUUGCAGAAACAGCAACGGUACGUUGUACACUUAGCCAAUAUUUUCUUCUUUUCUUUAUUUUUCUUUUCUUUUGAUUAUUUAUUAAACUCUAGC